AUGUCUGAUGGUAAGCCAGCGUUUUUAAACGAUGAAUUAUCAAAACACACCUCAAUUUUCGGUUUACGUUUGUGGGUCGUUGUUGGAAUUUGUGUUGGUGCUGUAAUUGUCAUUUUUCUCUUUAUAAUCUCUCUGUGGAUCACCUCAAGGCGCAAUAGCAACAAGAAAACGUUGCUUUUGACGCAUAAAAAUUCCAAUAUCCCAAAAGUUUCCAGAGAAAUCCAAGAAAUUCGGGUCGACGCUACCCGGAAUCCGGAAACCGACCCCAAGCUGCUACUACCUGCUCCGGGACCCUUGCCGCUUCCUGAACCCGACCCUGUUGAGGACCAAAGAAUCCAUGUUGAGAUUCGCAAGGGGCAUCGAAUUGCCUACCCGGAAAAGGUAGGGCCGCGUUCUGGAUCGGGCCAUGGGAGUGGGGACGCCCGGCCCCUUGCGGAGGAUGGUGGCGGAAUGGCUGCCCCGGAAGUGUCGCAUUUGGGAUGGGGUCAUUGGUACACUCUGAGGGAGCUUGAAGAGGCCACGGAUGGGUUUGCUGAUGACAAUGUGAUUGGUGAAGGUGGGUAUGGAAUUGUUUACCAUGGUCUCAUGGAGGAUAACACUCGAAUUGCUGUCAAGAAUUUGCUCAAUAACAGGGGUCAAGCAGAGAGAGAGUUUAAGGUUGAAGUUGAAGCAAUUGGACGUGUUAGGCAUAAGAAUUUGGUGAGAUUGCUCGGCUAUUGUGCUGAAGGAGAACAUAGGAUGCUUGUGUAUGAGUAUGUAGACAAUGGUAACUUAGAACAGUGGCUUCAUGGAGAUGUAGGAUCGUAUAGUCCUCUCACAUGGGAUAUACGAAUGAAAAUCAUACUUGGAACUGCAAAGGGACUGACCUAUCUGCACGAGGGGCUUGAACCUAAGGUCGUUCACCGUGAUAUUAAAUCAAGCAACAUUCUAUUGGACAAACAAUGGAACUCUAAAGUAUCUGACUUCGGCCUGGCAAAGCUCUUGGGCUCAGAGAGGAGUUAUAUUACCACUCGAGUUAUGGGAACGUUUGGUUAUGUGGCUCCAGAGUAUGCUAGCACUGGCAUGUUGAAUGAGAGAAGCGACGUUUAUAGUUUUGGGAUUCUUAUAAUGGAAAUCAUUACUGCGAGGAACCCGGUGGAUUACAGCCGUCCCCCAGGGGAGGUGAAUCUGAUUGAUUGGCUUAAAACAAUGGUUUCGAACCGGAAUGCAGAGGGAGUUUUGGACCCCAAGUUAUCUGAGAAGCCUUCUUCAAGGGCAUUGAAACGUGCCCUGUUAGUAGCUUUACGCUGUGUAGACCCAAACGCCCAGAAGAGGCCAAAGAUGGGACAUGUGGUACACAUGCUUGAGAGUGACGAUUUUCCUUUCCGUGAUGACCGCAGAGCUGGAAGAGAACAUGGUCGAUCACAUCGUGACAGCCUCAAUGAGAGGGUAGUAGAGAAACACAUCAUGGAACCAGGUGACAGUAGUGGAUAUGAAAGCAGCGUCCAAACUGACAGGUCUUUGUUGAAGAAGCAAGAAACUGACGAAGAAAAGUAG